AUGCCGAGCGCGUGCGGUGUUCCGCGUUGUCCCAACCGGUGUCUAACCGCUGCUAUGAUCAAAUUCAAAAACAUUCAGUUCCAUCGUUUGCCGGGUGAGGAACGUCUCACAGCUGAGUGGUGUCAGCGCAUCGAUAGAGAGGAUCCCGGUCAGGCAGGGGUGCGCGUGUGCUCCGAACACUUCGACGGCGACCGCGAUUACCGGCGUAUAGGAAGCGUCCUUCGGGAUGCCGGGCAGACUGUGAAGAGAGCUCUUCUCAAGUCCGACGCAGUUCCUUCUCUUCGACUUCCCCCCACUGUGAAGCGUAACAUCCCUUCAAUGGAGGACCCAACGUCAAAACGCCGAAAACUUCUUGACGAUGACCCGAUUGAGGAGCUGGGCUUCAAAGGGAAUGCACCUUGUGAGCACGACUGCCAUUGCCGUCACCGACCGACGACAAGCGAUGCAGCGGUUCAGGCCGACCUGCAAGAGAAGCCGAAGGUUCCGACCCCGGCUGUUUUGAAAGACAGUUCUGUGGGAACGGAUCCAAGGCUGGGAAAAAGAUCAGUCGGCACGCAGGCAAACUCCUAUGCCAGAGGCGUCACUAGCCACCACGUUCAGACAGAAGCUUUGGAGCUACCUGGCAGUUGCAGCGCCACUGCCAGCAUCAGUACCACCACCACUGCUGCUGUAUCUGCCUCCUUCCCCACAACCACCACGGCCACCACCACUGCCCCUCAAAUGCCACCACAAGGGACCAUCCUGACACCUGCCACUAGCCCAGUGUGGAUGGACGAGCAGGGCAAGCUGUUGGAGGAGCUCCACGACCAGCCCCUUGAUCUUGCCGGCGACGGGGGGUGCGACUCCCCUGGUUACUGCGCAAAGUACCUGAUGUACUCCCUGCACGUUCCUGGUCUCAACAAAAUCUUGCACUUCGAGCACGUUCAGGUGGGAGAGAUAAUUCUGUUACUAACAUGUACAGCAAUGCUCACAAUUGGUGCUAAGCUGUUAAAUUAG